GCGCGCGCUUUUCCCUCGCCACAAGCGUCUCUCCUCCCGAACCUGCAGCGAUCAUGAGCGCGCCGAAAACUUCCACGUUUAAGAAGAUCUUCCUGAAGUCCAAGUCCCAGGAGAAGGAGGACAGGGAGAAAUGGGAGAGCUUACCGAGCGCGCGCGCAGAAGCUUCAUCACCCACGAGCCCGAGUGAGAAGAAGAAGAAGAAGAGGUUCGGCUCGUGGCGCUCCAAAAAGAAACCCGAGUCCUUCAACAACAACAGUAGCAGCAUCGAGCAGCUCGACUUCACCAGCAGCCACAUGAGCUUCGAUCAGAUAAGUAUCCGGACGGAGGACUUGACGAUGAGCGACAGCUGGUCCAUCGCGCCGUCAGAGUGCGCGUCUGUGAUCAGCCUGAACCUGUCUCCCUCCGAACCUGUCUCACCCCCACCACGUCACAGGAAGAAUUCCGAGGAAAAAGGUGGUGGCGUGCUGAACCGCGUGACCACGUUUUUGUUCUCGAAGAAGCGACGGAGCAGGACGUCGUCCGACGGGACGGAGGACAAUGUGUCGCCUCUUUCGAGCCCCGGCAAGUCGGCGGGCGUGAGGCAGGCGUCCACAGAGGGAGAAGAGGUGGAGCGGGGUUUCUUCUCCGAUAAAGGGAGCCCGAGCGUGCAGAGCGUGGCGUCCGUCCUCGCAGACGGAGGCGACCUUCCGUUUGCGGAUAGCGACGGCAGCGGCAGCGUGAGGAACUUGGCGGUGGCGCCGAAGAGAAAAGGCGAACAGGGUGCGGAGCCUCUGGUGGCCGAGGCGAGCAAGAAGCUCCAGGUGUUUCUAAGAGAGAUCAGCGUCUCAGACGAAGGACCCGAGAUACAGAUCACGCAGAAAACCAUUAAACAAUGCACGGAAAUCUCGGUCAAGGACGGCUCCGAGCCUAAAUCUCCAGACGUCAAAAAGUCUGUUCUGAAACCGGUCGUGGGAGGACUAGGGAACUACAGCGCUCUCGCCGGGGUGACGCUGAGCUCCAAGUCGAGGAGCGAGUCGAGCGAGUCGGAUCGAGGCAGCACUGAAAGCAUGGGGAAGAAAACGUCAAGCCGGAGAAGAUCUCGCAAGCUCAGCAGCGGCUCUCAGGAGCCCUUAAGCCCUAUAAAACCCUCGUCCCCCGAGGCGGAGAACGGGUCCGCUCAGGCCUCGCCCUCACCUAUGCAGAUUCACAAAGCCGUGUGGGUGGAAACGCACCUGGAGGAGGAAGGGAGUGAGAGCAGCUCACUCGGUCAGGUCACACCCGUUCGACAAAGCCCCGUGCUCGGCCUCAGAGCUCCACUCGUCGCUCAAGAAGUGCAGGAUUCCGGCUCGGAUUCGUCCGUCUAUCAGGACGCCCCGGAGGCGAAGACCGAAGACGAACCGGACACAAAGAAAAACGUCACUUCGGAGGAAACCAAAACCGAGAAGCGGAGGAGCGUCAAGCUUUCCACGAGCGAGAAGUUCUUCGCCAAGAGAGUGUGGCUGAACUCGCAGUCGAGUUUGGACGGAGAACUAGAAGACGCCACCGCAGAUGGAAAUUCCCAGAGCAAGCAGAAAUCCGAAGUCAGAAUCCUGCCAAGCGUCAAGAACGUCAGUGUGGAAAUUAAAAAGCCUGACCGGCAGUCAUACGACUCUAUAAGCGAAAGCAGUGAUGCGUUUGUAAAAGAGGACGCUAACACAGAACAGGAGCUCGAUGAUGAUGAUGUAGAGAGGCCCUCGGAGGUUCCUAAUAACAUCACGGAUCCCGGAGAGGACUCGCCGGAUAUGUCUGGAUACAAGGGACAGGUCAGGGUUACGAGUCCUGGGGUUAGUAAUCGGCAGAGCUCGGCUGCGGCGUCCAAACGCGUGGACAAAGCAAGCAGUGGAACAAACGGAGCGACCGCUGGAAAGGGUCCAGGUCCACCAGUGGCACCGAAGACAAAAGCCAGCGCGGGUCGAGUUACAAGCCACAUCGAGGCCACGAAAGCGGAAAGCACGAGAAAGCCCGCGCAAAACGUCGCGGAGAAAAAGCAGAGUAAAUCUCCGAGUACGAAAGACCAGCCUAACGUGCUCGUUAAGCCUGCAGACAAGUCAAAAAUCCCCAAGAAGACGCCUCCCGAGAUUCUGCCAAAACCGAGCAAAACACUAAGCGCGAGCGCGUCACCCGAUGUGUCGGUUUCGUCUCCGGUUCCACCACGUGAGAGAAGUAGAUCCAGCUCAAGUAACAGUGCUGCAAAACUCCAGUCGCCACCAUCACCGUCUGGUAAAAGCGAGACCGGGUCACCCGUUACGGACGAAGCAACUGUGCCCGCCGUAGACGUAGAACCUAGCGAAGCCCCUAAGCCUCGUCAUACCAGAGAACCGAAAAAAGGAAAGGAUUCAAAAUGCGUCAACACCGAGGAGAAAGCGGAGCAGCCGGCAUCUCCGAGCGGUUUCGAGGACACGAAGGAAACGAGCGAGUUUAAAGCAGGUGCGAGGUCAAAAACGCAACCGCAAACUCCGAACGAAACCCCCCCCAAGAGUAGGCCAGUAAAACUCACAGUUAGUAAGAGCGCUAAAGUUGUCAGCAAAACUGAAAUGGAUAACAAGCCUCGCACUCCUUCAGAGGCAGAGCAGCCGGAAAAGAGCAGCGCAAAGGACACGGCUACAAACGAAACGCGAGUCAUCGGGCCAAAGAGUCCAAAAAAGCCCAAGGCUGAAGCAUCACCAACAGGAAGCAGGCUGCCUCGCCUGUCUCCGCCUAGCGCUCCAAAACGGCCCACAGAGGACCAAUUUGAUUAUGGAGAAGAUGACUCACACAAGCAACCCUCGCUUUCUGAUGCCAAGCCAAGGAACGAUGACUCAUCAUCAGACAGCGGUCCUCUUAGCCCUGGCAGACCUACUGAACGUGACCAAGCUGCUGGGAAUGCUGUGGCGAAAGCUUCACCAGAGACCAAACCUUCGCCACAUGUGAAACGUCCGACUAAACUUAAAUCCCGAAGAGAGCUGGAACAACCGAAAGUAGAACUCGCUGCGGACUCUCCGACUUUGUUACGAGAAAAGCAGAGUGCGAGCAUGGAGACCACGGAAAACUUCGCAGACCUGGAAAUCUCGGCGUCUCAAGUGUUCGACGAGGACGAGGACGAGGCCGGUGUGACUCGAGUCAAGGAUCGGAGCGUGAACCUGGAGAAAGACCGACAGAGCGCGAGCGUGAAGAUCGCGGAGCCUACGGCAGACUUGAGAACUCCGCCUCGAGCGCUCGGACGGGAAAAAGACGUAGCCGAAGACGCGCAGGAUGCGACCGCGGAGAGCGCGGAACGUACUGUAGAUCUCAAAACUCCACCUGAAACGUCUAAAAAGGAAAAGGACCAGGCUGCAGCAGACUCAAAAACUCCAGCUCGAGCGUCUAAACGGAAAACAGACAAGCCUGAAACCGUGCCAAGUGUGGAUGAUAAGAUCGAGGAGCCUAAAACAGACUUAAAAUUAACUCCGGAGGCCGGACAGAAAGCGGUAAAAGCUAAAGAGAAGGCCGUAGAACAGACCGCAGAUUUGAAAAAGCCACCUGAGAUCUUAAUAAAGGAAACCCAAGCCCAAGAGCGUACGACAGAGUUAAAGACUCCAUCUCGAGUGUCUGAAAGCAAAACAGAAAAGGCUGAGAAGGUGCAAAGUACGGAUAAGACUAAGGAUCAUAGUGCAGAUCAGGUGUCUGAACAGAAAACGGACAAAGCCGAAGAAUCGCCCAGAGAGGACGUUAAGGCCGUGGAGAAUAAAGUCGACUUCGAAGCACAACCUAAAAUCUCUAAACAGAAAGCGAACAAAGGCAAAGGAGUAAGCUGUAUUUCAGAAUUCCCUCCUAGUCAAACACCUAAACAGGAAGUAGCCGACGCUAACGAGUUGCAGACUGCGAGCGUUAAAUCCGAAGACCAGACGAAGGCAGACCCGAACGUUCCGCCUCGAGAGAGCGCUGAAAAGAUCGCUGUUGAAACGCAACCAGAAGCAGCAAAUGACUCUGAGCUUACAAAACCUCUGGAUAUUGGUACACAUCAAGCAAAACCAGAUCUCAUCGUUAAAGAAACUCUCCCAGUCGCAGAUAAGGAGACAGUGACUCCUGAAACGGUGGAUGAAAUGCCAAUCGAGGCAACAGCGAGCGUCCAGGAAGAGACCAAUGAGUUAACGGCUCAACCUAAAGUGUCUAAACAGAAAGUGAAGAAAGGUGAAGAAGCGAGCCUUACUUCAGAUCCGACUCCUAGUCAAACACGUAAACAGGAAGUAGCCGACGCUAGCAAGUCGCAGGAUGCGAGCGUUAAAUCCGAAGACCAGACGAAGGCGGACCCGAACGUUCCGCCUCGAGCGUCCGAUCAAGUGAGCACUGAAAAGAUCGCGGUUGAAACACAACCAGAAGCAGCAGGAAAUGCUUCCCAGCUUACAAAACCACCGGAUAUCGGUCUGCAUCAAGCAAAACCAGAGCUUAUCGUUAAAGAAACUCUCCCAGUCGCAGAUAAGGAGACAGUGACUCCUGAAACGGUGGAUGAAAUGCCAAUCGAGGCAACAGCGAGCGUCCAGGAAGAGACCGAAGACCUCAGGAGUGGAAACGUUGAGAAAUCUGUCGCAGCACAAGUCACACAGGACGCAGUAAAAUCCUCUGCAAAAUCCGAGAGCGGAGGACGAAACGGCAUGGCGAUGAAUGGUCUUGCAGUAAACGCCUUGUCUAAAACCACAGAGGAAGCAGGUCACAAGGAGGCUGAAGUUCCUGCUUCUGCUCGAAACCGCAAGGAUGAACCAAAAGCCUUUAAGUCAUCCAAUACAGAAGUACCACCCGUGGCACACGAUGGAUUUACAUCACCAGCCUCGGGAUCUGUCAGGGAAGACGUCAGAAUGAAACCUGAACAUUUUAAGAAUGGAAAGCUCAGUCCUGAUCAGAAAGCUGAGCGACCAAAAGCUACAGAGCAACUGACCUCCCAAAUGGAGAAGAUGACCAAGGUUAAAAAACCCAGCACCACCAACCAGAAACAUCUACCCGACCCCACGAAGUCUCAGAAUUCCCCCGACUCUGAGAAACGGCCUCCACCAAGUAAUAAUACUUCUCCAAAAAUGGCAGCCCAGGACUUUCUCCGCGUCUCUAAUAACCGCUCGAGAAACGAGUCUCCAUCGAGCUGGCUGGAUGUGGACCAAGGUUUUGAGAAGAAGCACAACAAGACGGAGAGGAACAUGGACUGUUCGGCGAGUGACGAAAGUCUCCUGGACACCUCGGACGAUUCGGAAGACUUCAUACGCAAGAUCAAAGAGCUCUGCUCUCCUUUCUCUUUUCCUCCUAAAAAGCACGGCCAGUCCAGGAUGAUUUCGCCUCCGUUCGCCUUGCCUGCUAUCAAAGAAGACCACUUUGAGAAGACCUUCGAUCCUAAGGAGUUUAAGUUUGGCAUUAGGAAAAACAUGGGCCCGAAAGAUCCGUCUCCGGCUAUGUUGAUCAAGAAGAAAAGCGAAGAGGUGAGGAAUAAACAGCUUUCCAAACGCAAGGGAACCGAGGAUAGUAUGAUCUUUAAAGCACUGGCUUCCAAGCGUGGACAAGACAAAAACGAAGAGGAAAAGACUACGGAGAAUAAGGAGGACGGAGAUCAGCAGGAUAACGCUGAAAGUUCGGGAAAACUGUCUUCACGGUUAGAAAGAAUGUCCAUCCUAUCGAACCUCAGUUCCAAGAACUUGAGGAGACCUCAAACUCAGCCUGAAGCUGUUCCUAACGGAACCGUAUCUCCUACGGUAUCCCAACAAGCUCCAGCAGCAGGAGGCACGAACAACAUGACGACGUCUGAAGUUGUGCCUCCAGCGCAGGUGGAAGGGAACUCGACAGAUCUUGUGGUUCCUCCUGGCGUUCCUGUUGAUUCGCCAAAGAGCCCGCCCACUCCUUCCCUGCCCAACUUUUCCGAAAUCAAGCUUCCCGAUUUCCUGGGGAAAUACCUGAAGAUGGAUCAAGAAUCCUCCGUUCCAAGUGGCUCUCAAAACCCGGUGACGCCUUCCCUGUUCCCUGCAAUACAGACGGAAGUCGGCUCUGGAGUCUCGGACACAGAGACGGGUCUGAAGACGUUUCCGGAGCCUCCGGCACCGGUCUUUCCACCCAAACCACUAGAACAACAAACCAAACUCCCGUCGCCUACACACACUCAGAUAACAACAAUAAGAGGAUUUCACAAGCGGCCCGGGAAGCUGGUCAUCUUCCAGCAAGCGCAGUUCGGCGGCGAGGCGUACGAGGUGUUCAGGGACGUGGACGACGCCACGACGUUACAGCUGUCACCCGUCAUCUCUCUGAAAGCCGUCAGAGGAUGCUGGCUGCUUUAUGAAAAACCGGGAUUCCAGGGACGAGUUGUCGCUCUAGAGGAAGGGCCGACGGAAUUGGCGAACGAGUGGGCGGAGCCAGAACCUGACCAGGAAGUGGGGCCGGACGAGAUUCCCGUCCCGACCAAGCCGAUGGUGAUCGGUUCCAUUCGUCUGGCCGUGAGGGACUACAACCUGCCUAAGAUCGAGAUCUUCUCGGAACCGAACGGAAUGGGCCGGCUGUCCUCGUUCUGUGAUGACAUCAUCGAGCUCGGCUCGUUCGGACGUCCACACAGCGCCGGAUCCAUCAAGGUCCACUCCGGAGUUUGGCUAGUCUUCAGUGAGCCAGAUUUCCAGGGCUUGUUGUCGGUCUUGAUCGUAGGAGAGUAUCCGUGUCCGGAGUCCUGGGGUUUUCCCGAUCCCUUCGUCGGAUCUUUGCGUCCUCUCAAAAUGGGCGGGAUCAAAGUGGAAAAUCCGCACGAAGUCCGGGCCGUGUUGUAUGAGGAGCCUCUGUUCCAGGGCGCCGGUGUGGAGAUCGACGCGGGCGUUUACGACGUCUCGGAGGAGGACGAGGAGGAGAAGAAGGAGAACGGCGAUGAAGGAGAGAACGCAGUCCAGGAGAAGAAACCGACCACGAUCGGCUCUCUAAAGAUCCUCAAUGGCCUAUGGGUGGGCUACACAGAGCCGGGGUUCGAGGGUCGUCAGUACGUGUUGGAGGAGGGUGAAUAUGUCGACUGCUCUGAUUGGGGAGAUUUCGGGGACACACUCCGCUCGCUCCGCCCCAUAUACUCUGACUUUGUGUCUCCUCAGCUGAAGCUGUUCAGCGAGUGUGAUUUCAGUGAGAGGAGUCUGACCGCCGACCUGCUCGUCCCCGUCAUGGUCAUGGAGGAGACGGCGUACGGCAGCAAGACCCAGUCCGCCGAAGUCCUCUCUGGAGUAUGGGUGGUGUUUGAGGACCCUGCGUUCUCCGGUGAGGUGUACGUGCUGGAGAAAGGGCUCUACUCGAGUCCAGAGGAUUGGGGCGGUCGCAAUCACAAGAUCUCCUCCAUCCAACCCGUGUUCCUGGAUCAGACUGUUGGACUGCCGAGGUUUAAGGUGCAGUUGUUCUCCGAGCCCGGGUUUCUCGGUGAUGUUCUGGUCCUGGAGGAAAGUUCACCGUUCUUCCCGGACGGAUUCUGCCUUCGAUCGUGUAAAGUCCUCGCUGGAAGUUGGGUGGCAUUUGAAGGGCCUCAGUUCACAGAGAACAUGUACGUGCUGGAGCAAGGAGAUUACUGUAACACUGCCGCGAUGGGCGGAGUCACCACUGACUGCACCAUCCAAUCACUGCACACCAUCGGCCACGAGUUUUCUCUUCCCUCCGUCACUCUGUUCUGCAAGCCGUGCUUCAGGGGGCGGAAGGCCGUGUUGACGGACGGCUCCUGCAACCUAUCGUCGGGCGGGAUUGAUGGGCGGAGCCAGUCUGUGGUGGUGAACGGAGGAAUGUGGGUGUUUUAUGAAGGGAAGAACUUUCACGGCCGUCAGCUCUUACUGCAGCCCAGCGAAAUCGGCGACUGGAGGAAGUUCAGCGGCUGGAAGCAGAUCGGAUCUCUGCGUCCGUUAAUACAGAAGCCCGUGUAUUUCCGGCUGCGCAGUGCCGAGACCGGCUGUGUGAUGUCUCUCUACGGGUCGCUGGACGACAUCAAGCUGCUGAGAGUGCAGGUGCUGGAGGAGAACGGAGGAGACGAGCAGGUGUGGCUUUACCAACACGGCCUGCUGCGCUGCAAGAUGUUGGAGGACUGCUGUUUGGAGCCCUCGGCGGGGAUGAUGAUGCCCGGGUGUCGUCUCAGCAUCUCUCCUGAACUCGGGAACGACAAUCAGUUUUGGAACAUCACGGCCGACGGCCUCAUACACGCCAACCUCAAACCCGACCUGGUGCUGGAGGUUAAAGGUGGACAGCAGUACGACAAAAACCAGGUGAUCCUGAACUCGGUCGAUGUGCAGAAAACCAACCAGAGGUGGACGGUGGAAAUCCUGUAGCGCCGGACGUCCGGCGAGGUGCUGUGCAACGACUUCUCGUCUCACGGUGGGCCUGGCGGUGCAGCUCCACCACGGAGACCUGUAAGCCUCAUGGUGCAGCUGCGACCAGAACACUCCUGCGAGCUCGUUCCUGGAGCCUGGACGUGACCCGUCUUUCUCGGAUCCCUGAAGAACAUUCCCGCUUUUAAAAUGCGUCCCGUGUGUAAGGUCACAGGAUGGCCACAGGGGGUGCUCGAACACCACGGAGCUCAACUACAAGCAAUAUGCGACAGUGUUAAAGUUAAACUGAAACCGCAUCACCUUUAAAGUGCCUGACUUUUGGUUUUAUUUUGAAUUCCCUCUGCUCUCCUCCUCUCGCUCGGUGUUUCACCGACACGUGUCUCGUCUGUUGUACAUUUUCUCUCCAAAGCUGUAAAGAGUUCUGCUGUUUUAUUAAGAAUAAAGUGUUUUAUCCGUG